AUGUUGGGAUGACACUGAUAAUAUGAACAUCUGGUGGAUCAUUAAAGGACCAAUCACAGUAUCCCUGUUUGCUAAUAUCAUCAUCUUCCUAAAUGUGAUUCGGAUCUUGGUUCAGAAAUUAAAAAGUCCUGGAGUUGGAGGCAAUGACACAGGUCACUUCAUGAGACUGGCCAAAUCCACCUUGUUUCUGAUUCCUCUGUUUGGGAUGCACUACACUCUGUUUGCCUUCCUGCCAGAAAACACGGGGGAAAUAGUCCGGUUUUACAUCGAACUCGGUCUGGGCUCUUUCCAG